GGGCGGCGGCGGCGGCGGCUCCCGUCGGCCUCCGGCAAGACUGACCGCAGGGAGGCCGGCAAGCGGGCGCGCGCGGCGCAGAGGCGGGCGGGAGGCCGGAGCGUAUUGAAUAAAAAGUGCCAGAGACUGAAAAACCAAACAUGAGGGUAGCAGGUGCUGCAAAGUUGGUGGUUGCUGUGGCAGUAUUUUUACUGACAUUCUAUGUUAUUUCUCAAGUAUUCGAAAUAAAAAUGGAUGCAAGUUUAGGAAAUCUAUUUGCAAGGUCAGCAUUGGAUGCGGUUGUACGUUCUACAAAACCUCCCAGAUAUAAAUGUGGAAUCUCGAAAGCUUGCCCUGAGAAGCAUUUUGCUUUUAAAAUGGCAAGUGGAGCAGCCAAUGUGGUGGGACCCAAAAUCUGCCUGGAGGACAAUGUUUUAAUGAGUGGUGUUAAGAAUAAUGUUGGAAGAGGAAUCAAUGUUGCCUUGGUAAAUGGCAAAACGGGAGAGCUAAUAGACACCAGAUAUUUUGACAUGUGGGGAGGAAAUGUGGCCCCAUUUAUUGAGUUUCUGAAGGCCAUACAAGAUGGAACAAUAGUCUUAAUGGGAACAUAUGAUGAUGGUGCAACCAAACUCAAUGAUGAGGCCCGGCGGCUGAUUGCUGAAUUGGGGAGUACAUCUAUUACUCAUCUUGGUUUCAGAGACAACUGGGUCUUCUGUGGUGGAAAAGGCAUUAAGACAAAAAGCCCUUUUGAACAGCACAUAAAGAACAAUAAGGACACAAAUAAAUAUGAAGGAUGGCCUGAAGUUGUAGAAAUGGAAGGAUGCAUUCCCCAGAAGCAAGACUGACAUGGAGAAAACUGAAGGGAGCACACUUUCACUGUCAGUGGGAAAGCCCUACCAGAAAAACGACAUGUAAAUAUUUUAAGAGCAUGCAGCCAUCUCGGUGUGUGCAUGUCCAUUAUCUCUUUUGAUAUCAGAAUUAUUUAUUGCUAACGUAAAUAGCUGUCUUUGUAAAUAGUCAUCAUAAUGAGCAAAUCACUGAACCAUUUUCAAGCACAUCUGUCUAAUGGUACAAUGUUCAGACCUUGAUGCUAAUGGCAUCUUUUAAUUCUAAAAGCAUACCGAUGGAUAACUGAACAGAUAUGAAAAAUAUAUUGAUAUAUACUAGUCGCUGUGAAAAUCUAUCAUGGAAUGAUAUGGAUUUUAGGGAGCAGACUUUGUUUUCUUUUACGUAUAUAUAUGUAUAUUGCCUUCUGAUGAUAGUAUCUUUUAAAUUAAAAAGAUAUUGGGCAUAGUUGUGUGUGUAAUGUUACUUUACAGUCUGACUCCCCUGUUGUAUUUUUUUCCUUAGUCUUUCUCUUACCUUCCCAAGAAACCUAUAAAUAAAAUAAGAAAACAUAUCAAAUACAUGAAAAGCACAACAGAAUUGUUUGUUUAAUGUACACAGUACAAAGUAAAUAUAUAAACGUAGAUGGCAUUCAGGACUGUAACUUGAUGGAUUUUGUGUUAGCAGUGUGAAUAACUUGAUUUUGCAUAAGCUAUUCAGAGUGAGGCAGGAGGGGGCAACUCCCCAGAGCUGAGGAAUCUGGCCAAGUCCCUUCCCCAGCCUUAGUAGGUCAUUCAGGACAGCAUGUCAGUACAGUUAGAACCUUACUGGCCUAAGUUUUCCUUAUUUAAUUGUUCUCAGCCUUGACCAAGUGGUUUGGAAAGAGGCAUGCUUUAAUGUCACAAUGAUUUUAGAUUGUAAACCCAGAGAUUUUGUAUUUACUUUCAUCUGACUUCCUAAUAGUAAUUUUUGCCUGAAAAGAUAACAACAUAUUUAUUUAUCAAUAGAAUAGUCCUAAUGAACUGAUCAGGACUGAUAACAGUUAAGAAAUAUUUGAUACACAGUGACUUCAUACCCAAUUCUAUCUAAAAAUAUAAGAAAUCUAACUUUUUUGUUAACUUCAGAUGUUCACAAAAUGACUCAAGUUUCUUAAAAUAUUUUUAGGGCAUUAAAUAUGUGUUCCAGUAUCUUAAACUGGAACAUAAAAAAUGUAAUGAACAAACUGCCACUCACAGUAAAAGGCAGCACUUCAAUUUUUGAUCUAAAUUUUAGAUGCCUUACAUAAAGAAAAACUAAAAGCAGUGUUUUUUAUUUUGCUAUAAACUGAGUUGGAAGUUAUUAAAUAUCAAUGAGUUUUGGGGUACUGUUUCUUCCCUCAAAUUGAAUGUAAUUCGUGAAUCAAUGCACCUUACACAUCUAAACAAUUUUUGUAAACUUUUCAGAUUUUUGGUGCUGAUACGCUAAAUCACUUUCAGCAUGUGUAUUUUAACAUUUCGACUACUUCCCUUGAUUCUGUAAAUUAAAAGAAUAGCUAUUUUACAGUUUCAGGGAUUGUGGAAUAAGUGUUGCUUUUUCUUUUUUAAGUAAUGAGAAUAAAUAUUCUUGGUUUUGCAUUGUGAAUUUCUUUUUUGUAUUAUCUGGCAAAGUAAUAUACCUACAGAACUUCACAUUGAGGUUUGUCAAGCAUUUAUUGUCCUGCUUAACAUGCAAAAUUUAAGUCAUUCCUAUGGUUAAACACACUAAUAUCCUCAGGAUAUAUCUUAACAUGGAUAGAAUUUAAGUAUCUAGAUGACAACACUUCUGUUUCAAGAUAAGGACUAACAUGACAGCUUUAUAGAGGUGUGUAAAAUGCCAAAAGAUUGGUUAUUUAAUUGCUUUCAUGCAAUUUGCCAUUAUGUCAAUUCUGUCUUGUAUGGUUUAUGUCAACAUAACUUUGAAAGCAAUAAUUUUACUGUAUUUUACUUUCAGAUAGGUUUUAAAAAUCAGCAUUGUAAAUGCAACAAUGCUUAUCUAAUGUUCAGAAUUUUCAUUAAAAUCAGAAAUUUGGCAUUGACACUUUGGUCUUUUAAAUGGUAUUUAAGGACUCUUGGAUGUGUAUUUUUUAUUUGUAAUCAUAGAUGCAGUCGCAAGACAAGUUUAUUAUGAUAUGCCUGUUAAAAUACAGCAAUGACCAUAGGAAAAAAAGUGUUAUCUGGGAAAUUAAAGAAAAAUUGAGCCAGAAUCUUUAUAUUCCUGACUUUGAUUAAAAUUUAUCAUUGUUCUUUC